CACCCGGUGGUCCGGGGCCGGUGUCGCACCCAGCCCGUGGGGGGGCGUCGGGGGAGUUUAACGGACACGUGGCGUCUGUUUCAGCCGUGUCAGAAACGCCAGAGAACCGUGGAGGACUUCAACCAGUUCUGCACCUUCGUGUUGGCCUACGCGGGCUACAUCCCCUACCCCCAGGAGCACCCGGUGGUCCGGGGCCGGUGUCGCACCCAGCCCGUGGGGGGGCGUCGGGGGAGUUUAACGGACACGUGGCGUCUGUUUCAGCCGUGUCAGAAACGCCAGAGAACCGUGGAGGACUUCAACCAGUUCUGCACCUUCGUGUUGGCCUACGCGGGCUACAUCCCCUACCCCCAGGAGAACGAGCCCUGGACCCGUGGAGGCAGCAUGAGCCCCCCCAACAGCACGGGGAGCACUCAGGACAGUGAUGGCUGGGCCUCCUCCUACUCCUCCGACGGCCACCUCCUGGGGGAGGAUGGGGGGAGCAGGGACUCUGGGGGGGCUGUGGAGAGCAGCCUGCUCCUGAGCUGCCCUGCCUUCCCUGCCGGCUUCUAUGGCGUCCGGCCCCCGCAAACCAAACGGAAGAAACCACCGGCGAAGAAACUGGUUUUGGAGCAGGAGGUGAAGAGGGAGCCGCCGGGCACCGGGGCAGGGCAGGACGGGGCCAAGGAGCUGGCGGUGCCAGAGGCAUUGGUGCCCCCCGCGAGAGAGCAGCUCCCGGAGCCACCCCGCAGCCUGGCCGGGGACCCCCAGCCCCGCUCCCUGCUGGAAGAGCUGGUGAAGGAGGAGAAGGACUGGAUGGAGGGAACACAGGGCAUGGAGAAGGCAGUGGGAGAUGAUCCGCAGGAGCAGGGACCCAGCCCCGGGGGGAGGAGGAGCCCCGGUUCUUGCAGCACCUUGGACCAAAGUGAAGGGAAGGACGGGAGCGGAGGGAGCUCCCAGCGCAGUGCAGUUGAUUUCGCAGCGGCUCCCAACACCAAAGCAGAAGAGGAUGAUGCCUGGGACCUGAUCACCUGCUUCUGCCUGAAGCCCUUCGCUGGGCGGCCCAUGAUCGAGUGUAAUGAAUGCGCCACCUGGAUCCACCUCUCCUGUGCCAAGAUCCGCAAAUCCAACGUGCCUGAGGUUUUCAUCUGCCAGCGCUGCCGCGAUGCCAAGCAGGAGAUUCGCCGCUCGAACCGAGCGCGGACAGUGCCCCGCAAGCGCUUCUGUGACUGACCCCCCCUGGAGCAGGGCAGCUGGGGGUCCCCUUUUUAAUCAGAAGACUGUAGCCCGGUUUGGCUAGACAAUCAAGGCAGUGGCGGCCGGGGAGGGGCUGGACUGUCCCCCUUGCGUUUCUGACUGCUGGAAGCUGCCCCUGCGCCUUCCCCGGGGGUCACGUUGGCCACAGAGCUGGGUUUCCCCAGGGGUGCGCGGGGGAGAGGAGGGUGGUCCAGCCUCAGUGCCUUUCCCGGGGCAGCCGAGGAGAACCUAGUCCUAGUAGUUUUUCUGUGGUGUGGUGGAAGCUUACACUUAUCCCGAGAUGUGACUCCCCUUCCUCCUUUUUCCUCAUCGUUUUUCCGUUUCCUUGCCCCAGACCUUCAGGUGGGCUGCCAUGGCCAAGCCCCAGUGACCCAAGUUCUCCUCUGGCAAGUAGGUGCAGCCCAGGGGAGCCCCUUGGUGUAGUGUGCAGCUCGCUGGGGAGGGGACACCGGUCCUGGGGCAGACUGGGUCUCUGCAUCUGGGGGGUGUUGGUGGAGCAUCCAUCUGUGGUUCAUCAGCCUUGUAGGCUGCAUAGGGGGAGAUCGUUCCCCUGCCCGUGGUGCUCCUGGCUGUGUUGGCUGUGCCCAUGGCCCCAGGGUAGUCCUGUUGGGCCAGAGCAGCAAAAGCAUCCUCCAGCAGAUGGUCACCAGGGCUCUCCUUGGGUCAUGUUCUCCAAUUGCACUGAGGUCUCUGGUGUGAAGGGAGUGGGAUUCCUGGUAGGAGACUGAAGCUCUCCUCAGGGCUGGGAGCCCACUGGAAGGGGAACAGGAGAGUGCUCUGUGGCUUUAUGUUUCCCAGUUUAAACCAACUGAGGCUUGUAGCCUGCAGCCAUCUCCUGACUGCAGGGCUCUGGUGAAGCAUCUGCUUCAACGCCAGUUGAAUGCCAAGACCUGGGCGAGGAUGGAGCUGGGAGGCCUUUGCUUCCCAGCACUCCUUCCAUCUCAGAAGUUGGGGUUUUUCCCCGGACAGGUAGAGCGAAGCCUAAUGACGUGUCAGGAGCAGGGCCUGCGCGCCUUCUGCUAUGCAACUGCUGCUCCGGGGACACAGGUUGUCCCCUGUCCAGCCCUGGCUGAGUCUGGCAGUGGAAGGCUUGUCCCCUCCCUGCCCCCCCCGUGCACACUGACUGCCGGAUCCCACUCCAAAGAGCCUCCCCACGUGCCUUCUGCACUUUCCCUGGGGGAUGCAGACCCCAUGCCCAUCCUGGUGAUGCUGCUCGCAGCAGGGAUGGGGACAGCCCUCCCUCCCCCACCCCAUCAGCCCCCAUGAUGGUUAUUUCUUAACCAGGGUCUUUCCUACUUGCACAUCUGGUUUCUGCAGGACCACAGCUGGGGGAGGGCGUGGGGCAGCCCCCGGUCACUCAGCAGCCCCCAGGCUUGUCCCUGUGCCUCUCUCCUCCUGUGGAAAGCCUGGGCCCCAAAAGUGCUUUAUGUUUUUAUAGUUCCUUUGUAUUGAGAUGUAAAAUAGCGAAUUCUGGUCCUUGCCCUGUGGAGUGUGGCUGGAGUCUUAUGUAUAUAAUAAAGUACUUUUGUCAGAACAGCA